AUGUCUUCUCAAGCAAACUGGAAUUCAGUCACUGGCAUUGCCACACUGUUGUUCGAUGGUAAUCUGGUCGCCAUUGCCAUUGCCAUCCUCGUCACCUUUGGUGUUCCCAUCACACUGCACAUCUUCUUCUUCCAAGCUGUAGCAUCUCCGCCCUCCAGCAACUUCCUGCUCCUGGGCCCUAGUGGAGCUGGCAAGACUGCGUUUACGUCCUUGCUCGAAGCCAAGUCUUCCCUUGCCUCGAAACAGUCACAUAGUACCCACACCUCCCAACAAUCAACCCUCGUGACCGUGACUCUGCCACCAACUGUCCCAACUGGUUCGAACCGCUACCGAUCUGAUAAUGAUCCCUCCUUGAGGGAAGCUAUCCGGAAUCCAAUCAAGUACCGCGUUAGAGAUACUCCCGGUCAUGGCAAGCUCCGCGUUUCGCAAGGGAUCUCCGAGCUCCAGGCUAUGUCCCUGUCAAAGGACAUCAAGACAAGGCUGCGCGGUGUGGUUUUCAUGAUUGAUACCGCCGCGUUAGUGGAUGAGGCAACGCUCCGUGAUACUGCCACUUAUCUGCACGACGUUCUUCUUGUUUUGCAAAAGCGCGCAAAGAAUGGUUCAUCCAGUAAGCGGACUACUGAGAUACCCGUUCUAAUCGCCGCCAACAAGCAAGAUCUCUUCACGGCACUGCCACCGGGCGCGGUGAGAGAGAAGUUGGAGGCAGAGAUUGAUCGCAUUCGCAAGUCGAAGACCAAGGGUCUUCUAGAUGCAAGUGCGGAUACGAGCUUGGAGGACGAGGAAGAAAUAUUGGGCAAUGAUGACCAGGAACCUUUCAGCUUCAAGCUUCUGGAACAUGAGGUAGGUGUCAAAGUUGAGGUGAUUGGCGGUGCUGUCAAGGGUGACUUGCAGGAGGAAUUCGGAUCCGGAGUGCGCCGUUGGGAGGAGUGGGUUGGUAUGUGUCUGUGA